AUGCUCGGAGUAUUACGUUGUAAACGGGCUCAGAUAGAGAAAGCUGGUUUAUAUGCAGAUCAAUUUCAAGGUCGAGCCUCGCAAGAAGCCCUUCUUUUGCUUUCAAAAGCUCCUCAUAAAGGGUUUACCAGUAGCAGUUCACUGGAUAUUAUCAGCCAGGCAAAUGCAUUGAGAAAGCAAGUUGGACAGUUGUAUUGCCCAACUCAAUGUUCUUCCACUACAGCCCAUACAAGUCAUGAAAGUUCUUCAGCUUCUGCUAAUCACAAUCCCAACUCGGGGGUAUUCUCAGGACUUGAUAAACGUCAAAUGGCUUUAUAUGGGUCGAUUAUGCCUCAGCAACAACAAUCUCAGUCCCAGCAACAACAGCAAAUCAACUCUAAGAGUAUAACGGAAACCACUGUUGGAAACAUACUUGGGAAUCGGGACUUGUCUCAACUGGAAUUGCAGACAAUCUCCAAAUACCUGACUGAGUAUGGAUCUUCUGGUGGAAAGUUACAGUCCGCUGAGUUCCUGAAUGCCAUCAAUGGCGGUCCUCUCUCUGCUUUUCUGAGCAAUCCAAAAUUUGCUGCAAUGCUUGCUGCAUCCUCUCUCGGUUCAAAUUCCCGUUCUCCAUCUGUCUCUUCCACAUCUUCCGGCGGCCAGCAGCAACAGUCCUCUCUUGGGACUGGCGUUAGCAGUGGAGGGACAUUUCUGCCCCCAGCUCCCACAGGCUAUCGUGGCAGCAUCACCACCGGUCAAUCUGCCCAACAGAUUCAAUUAGCCCAACAGUUGGCAGCUCAGCAACAAGUUGCUGCCUUGUAUGGCGUUGGACGUGGCAGUUCACAAUCCCAACAAUCGUCUCAACAGCAAUGA